AUGGAAACAACUGAUGUAGAUACUAAUGCUUUAUUAACAACAACAACAAAUGGCAUAGUUGAUGAAGCCGAAGGUAUUUGGAGUGCUGAUAUUGAACAAAGUUUUCUCGAAGCACUUGCUAUAUAUCCUCCAUGUGGACGACGUAAAAUAAUUUUAACAGAAGAAGGAAAAAUGUAUGGACGUAAUGAAUUAGUUGCACGUUAUAUUAAAAUUCGUACAGGUAAAACGCGAACACGUAAACAAGUCUCAUCACAUUUACAAGUUCUUGCUAAACGUCGUUCAAAAGACAUUCAAUCAUUACGUAAUGAUAAAGCUGCACAACAAAUAAUACUUGAAAGAAUAAAACAAUAUACAUCAGCUGAAAUUGUUUCUAUGAGUAAUGAACAAAUCCAUACUGAUAAUGAUUCAUUUUCUGAUGAUAAUGAUGAACCAAUGAAAAAAAAAUCAACAAGUCCUGUUAAGAAUCUCCUUCAAUCAGUUCCAAUGGAUAAACAUUCAAUGAAAUCUAUUCAACCAAUAUCAACAAGUAUAGAUCAAUGUAAAUCUAAUAAUAAUAAUAAUGAAUUACCAUUACCUUUACAAACACCGGUUUUAAAAAAGCAUACGAUAAAAAAAGAAAUACUUGUUAAUAAAUCAAAUGGUGCGAUGCCAUCUCUAAUGAAUAAUUCUAUUCCACUUCAUUUGCCAAUUUCUCCAAGCGUAUAUACUCAAGGUACAGCAAGUCGAUCACGAUGUUCAUCGAAUACAUCAUCAUCAUCUCCAAUGUCUUCCGGUUCAACAAAUUCUCAAGCUGUAAUGAUACCAACUCCAUCCGUUUGUCCAUUAGCUGUAAUUGGUGAUGAAAAUUUUAGUCUUUUUGAUGUAAGUGCUGUUAUUGAAAUAAAACGAACAAUAAAUACAACAACACCACCAUCAUUAAUUUAUCGUCCAUCUGAAGCAUAUUUAGUAAAUCAACAUAAUUUAAUUCAUCUCUAUGCAAAUAAUAUUCGAAGAAAAAAUAAUCAUACAUUUGAAACAAUAUCAAUCGAUCAAAUAUUUGAUAAAUUUCCUCAUACGGAUGGUUUAAAAGAUUUAUUUGAACGUAAUCCAGAUGGUUCAUUUUUUUUAAUUAAAUUUUGGGCAGAUGUUCCCAUACUAUCACCAGUUACAAAUUCAAUGAAUAUUCGUGAUGAAUCAUUUUUUACAUCAUUUGCAUAUAUAAGUUCAUCGAAUCGACCAAUACAUAUAUCAACAUAUUUAUGUUCAUUUGGUAAAAAAGUUUUAGAAAAAGUGGAUACAAGUGAACAUCCACAACCCGAUAAUUAUGAUCAAUUUAUUUAUCGUUUUGAUCGAACACCAUUAUGUGAAUAUAUGGUACAAUUUAUACAAAAACUUCGUUCUCUUCCAAAUACCUAUAUGAUGAAUAGUGUGUUAGAGAACUUUACUGUCCUUCAAGUGAUCAAAUGUCUAGAUAAUUCUGAACGACUUUUACUUUGUCUUGCUUUUGUUUUUGAAAUUGCUAUGCCCGAUGCGGGUGGUCCACAAUAUCAAGUGUACAAAUUGGUUGCUAAUUAA